AUGUCGUUCAAGAUCGGAAGUGACAUUGAGCUGCCGUUUGAAGUUCAGGAAUAUUCUGUAGUCUUAAGACUACAUGCGAAAGGAGUCUACAUGACUGAAAACACAUCAGUCGAAAGCGAAUGGUUUGUUCGGAUUUUUGGGAGCAAGACGCGUUCUAUAAGCCAUGGCAAGGUGUUGCAGAAGCUGCGUGAGGAAGCAGCUCAGCAAAUUGCGGCAUUGAAGGUGGAGCUGCGGAAGAAAGACGUUGCAAUUGCUAGACUUGCUCGUAAAUUGCAAAGAGCUAGAGCUGGUGUUUUCGAUGAUGACAGUGAAGGUGAGUGCGAGGAUGAAAGUGAUGGCGACGAGGAGCAUGACGCAGACUAUGGGGAGGAAGAGACAGCAGACCGGAUGGAUGUGGAGUUAGAGAGGAAACAACUGCACGAGGAUGAGGAAGAUCAGACCGAUGAGGACUUGGAGGAAGAGAAGCACGGUGAGAAGGAAGAGAAGCAGGCCCACGGGGAGGAGAAACAGGGUCAGGAGGAGGAGAAGAAAACUGAGGAGGAGAAGAGUCAAGCUGAGGAGGAUCCCGACGAGGCAGUGGAAGAGCGAAUGAAUACCGAGCGACGAAGCAAAAACAAAAUGGACAUCCUUUUGGCCGAAAUUGAUCCGAUAAACGAGUCGGAUUAUGAAGGGGUUGGUAGCCUGCAAGAGUUUAACCAACUGAUGGCCAUUGUUCCGUAUAUUGCACUAAUAGAUGUCAAGCCGGCCGAUGAAUCCAACCGUGAGACCUGUAGCAGAGCCGCAGAUUCAUCAAUCGUACGUUGUGUAAUGGCGCGUAAGGAUCGGAAGAGAAAGAAGAAGCCUGAAUUUGUGACACCUGUGUCGACACCGCGAAUUAAGAAAGCCAAAAAAUCACGGAGGGCGAAAGGAAAGUCAGCGGCCGACGUCAAUAAUGAGCAGGAACCAUUUGUUGUCGGCGACGAUGGGGACUCGGAUGCUGCGGUUGGAGCAGAACUUGAAGCACAAAAGUGGGAGGGAUAUCGUAAUAACGACAGCUACUGUGGGAAGGGUACCUUAUCUGAGGAUGAGACGAACACCAUUGAACAAUUUUUCGCGUCAUUCGCCGUCCAGGACAUUGUAUGGCAGCAGGGCGUCGUGUCUGUCUCGUCCGAUUCCGUUCUAGAACUACUGUUUGAUGAAGCUGUGAAAGGCGAAGUCAUCGACGCGUACCUACAUCAUCUAUGCAGCAAUGAAUACCAUCUCCAACACAAUCCGCAGAAAGCCGUGAACGACGCGCUAUCAUGA